AUGCUCAAGCAAUCCUCGUUGAUACCUUCGCCUCAAAAGAGAGAAAAUUUAAUACAGGAAAUUCGUUCUAAUUUUCGGAAGUACAAGCCUCUCAAUAAUGAAGAGAUGAUAGAAGAGCUUUGGAAGAAGGCUCUCGAUAAAUACGGAUAUAUUUGUAUGAUAACACCCAAGAGAGUACACACGGAAGCACAAAACAUUUCUGCCAAAACACAAUACGUUAAAGUGGGCGGUGAAUGGAAAGAUUUAAAUCAAGUUACAGCAGAUGUCAUUCAAAAGCAGGACAAAGCAGUGCAUAGUAAUUGGGGAAGAGGCAAUUUAGAUCCGGACCAAGUCAAACGACAUGAGUACCUGGUGAGAAGACAACACUUUAUGGAAGGGCCACUGGCAGGCUAUAAGCCAAUCUAUGAAAGAAAUUGGCUUGCAGACGAUUGA